AUGGCCGCUCCCGCGCGUGAAGUCUACCUCGCCGAGGGCUUCGUCGCCACCUCUCUCAGGGUACCCCAGCUCCGAUCCAUCCUCGUCGAGCACUCCAUCAAGUUCCCCUCCUCGGCCAAGAAGGCAGACCUCGUCGCCCUCUUCGAGAACCAUGUGCAGUCCCGCGCCGCCGAGAUCCUUGCCGCCGACGCGCGCGUCCGUCCUUCCGGCCGCGGUAUCAUCGCAGUCAGCAACACGGGCGACGAGUCGCCCGUCGAACGCGAGCCUUCCCCGCCUCCAUCGGGCGUGAAGCGCGCAAGGGGGCGGCCCAAGAAGUCAUCCGCGACGAUCGCGUCCGACGAGGUCGAGCCGGAGGCACAAGACGCCCCGCCGCCUAAGAAGCCGCGGUCCCGCAAGAUUGCAGCCAAGCCCGCACCCGAGCCUGAGCCCGAGCCUGUGGUCGAGGAGGAGGAGAAGGAGGUCGUUAAGGAGAAGAAGCCGCGUGUUUCGCGACGACGUGUCACGCAGGCAGAGAUCGCCGAGGACGACUCGGAUGCCCCGGCCAAGCCCCGGUCAAGGAAGCCCAAGCAGGAGGUCGAGGUCCAGAUCAGCACUCCUAAGAAGAGCACACCGCCCGCCCCCGAGCAGCCGGCCCUUCCGCCACCGAGCGCGCGCCGCAAGUCGACCAAGCCUGCUCCUCCCGUCAUCAACGAGCCGUCUUCCUCGAGCGACGGGUUACCGCCCCCGUCAGUGCGCAAGCCGCGCACUAGCUUUGCGCCACCCGCGCCCCGUGAUGAGAUCAAGGAAAGCAAGCCCCGCCGCAAGUCGCGUCACUCGUCCGAGGCUGAGGAGACGACCUUCUCCGACUUCAACCCGUUCCAGAGCGGCACAGAGGCGGCCGCUGAGGCCGCUGUCGAGCGCGAGCGUCGCAGGCGCAAGUCUUCUCUCGGUCUCGGUGAGACCAAGCGCCGCGCCCCGCGACCAAGCGAGUGGACCGCCACCUCUGCCCCAACGCAGAGCAUCCUGCGUCGCGUCGGCCCUAGCCAGGAGGAGCUGCGAUCACCGACGGACGACUUCCGCGAUGCGAUCCGCCGCGACGCCGACGAAGCCGAGGCGCUGAACGACGACGUCGCUCGCCAGGUUGCUUUGGCGGAGAAGGAGAAGGAGGAGCAGCCUAAGGUGGUUGUGAAACGAACGCAGACCCUCACGAAGAAGCGCUCGGCGCCCGUGCCGAACGGCUCCAUGAUGGCUCUGAUCCUGAGCGGCCUCCUUCUCUUCUCCUGGGGCGGUCACUGGAAGUCUGUCUCGUCUUCGAACGGCUACUGCGACACUGGUUCCAUGACUAACGACGUGAUCCAGGCGCGUGAGCAGCCGAUUGCCGAGGCGCAGCACUGCGUCGCGCUGUCCACGCAGCACCGCUCGGACCACCCUGACGCACUCGCGCUCAACUGCGACAUCAGCGCGCUUCCCCUCGUGCCCUUCCUCCCCCGCCCGACCAAGUGCACGCCUUGCCCGCACAACGCCAAGUGCUCCAACGGCGAGGUCGUCGCGUGCGCUCCCGAGUACAUCCUAACGCCGUCGCUGCUUGCCCCGAUCUCGCCGCUUUUCGACGGCCUUCCCGGCCUGCCCUCCCGCGUGUUCACGCCCGAGUGCCGCCCGGACACGGCGCGCAUGCGCCAGGUUGGCCAGAUGGCUCGCGAGAUUGAGCGCCACCUCGCCCGUGGACGCGGUCUUGUUGUCUGCUCUGGCUCGGACAAGGAGUGCACGAAGGGUGUUGGCCUGUGCUACGGCACGUCGGAGCAGAGCCUGCACGACUACUUUGCCGCCAGGCGCAACCCGAAGAUGUCCCAGGACGCAUUCGACGAUGUCUUUGUUGCGGCGCUGAAGGACCUGGUCGACCACGGCGACGUUGUCGAGUCGAUUGACCCCAACGGCGACUCGUGGUACACUGCUCAGCGUGCCGAGCUCUCUCUCCAGUGCAAGGCCAAGGUCGGCGCCCGCGACUUCAUGCACGAGUUCCGAAAGCAGAUUGUGGGUCUAGUCGUUGUGCUGGCCUCCAUCGGAGCGUUCAGCCACCACAUGAGCGAGCGCGAGAAGGAGAAGAAGCGCGCGCGCGAGCUCGUCGACACGGUCCUCCACCGCCUCCAGGAUCAGGAGUACCAGCACUACACCGACCCCGUCGUCACGCCUCAGCCCUACCUGCCUCCAGCGCAGCUGCGUGACGUGAUCCUCCCCCGUUCUGAAGGCGACGAAGCGAAGCGCCAGCGUCUCUGGGCGCGUGUCGAGAAGGAGGUCGAGCGCAACGCCAACGUGGCGACGCGCGAGCGCGAGGUCCGCGGCGACGUGUGGAAGACGUGGGAGUGGACCGGCGUCGGCGGCCGCCCCCGCAUCUCCAUGGGUGUCCAGGAGACCGUCGCCUCGCCGCAACGACCAGGACACGUCGCGUUCUGA